AUGAGGAAAGUCUGGAUCUGGUCUCAGGCACUGAAGGCAGAGAUGGAAAAUGUGUCGCAUGUACCAUUGGAGCAGCCCAUCGUGUUCACGUUGGAAGGUUUCAUCAUAACCAGGGAGCAGGGGUACCCCCUGUUCGUGGUCACGUUUAUCGUGUACGCCGUGAUGCUGCUGGGAAACAUCACCGUGGUUACGGUGAUCGCCACUGACGCCAAGCUCCACAAGCCCAUGUACAUGAUGAUGUGCAACCUGGUAGCGUGCGACCUGCUCGGGGGCACAGUAGUCAUGAUCCAGCUGAUGUCCCACUUCCUGACAGGGGACAAGUCCAUCGGCUACGUGGCUGCAAUAGUCCAGGCCUUCUGCGUGCACACAUAUAGCUUGGCUGUUGCCACUAUUCUGGCGGCCAUGGCGUACGACCGCUAUGUGGCCAUCUGCCAGCCGCUGCACUACCACUCCAUCAUGACCACUACAAGGUUGGUUUCACUCUGUUUUCUGGCCUGGUUCAUCGCGGUCUUACUGAUCUUAAUCCUCCUCAUUCUUAAUGUGGGGACGCCGCUGUGCGGGACGUUAAUCAAGCACGUUUACUGCAGCGACCAAUCCAUCCUGAGGCUGGCGUGCUUCCCAACGCCCAUCAACAACAUCUACGGAAUGUGUGUGGUUUGGUCCUUAAGUUCAGCCUGCUUCUUAGUCAUCGCCUUUUCCUAUGCCAAGAUCCUGAAAGCGUGCGUGAUCAAACAGGAGAAAAACAGUCGGAGCAAGGCCUUACAGACCUGCACUUCUCAUCUGACUAUUUAUAUCCUCUUUGAGAUCUCCGUGCUUAUCAUUAGCGUAACCUACAGGUUCCCAGACGUCAGCCCCAACACCAAGAAGUUCUGCGCCAUUUUGUUCAUCAUCGUGCCCCCCACUGUCAACCCGAUCAUCUACGGCGUUGCCAUGAAAGACAUUCGCACAAACAUUGUGAGGUUUUUCAAAUCCACUUGCCAAAAUAGGAAAAUCGGUGAGUUCCGCAAAGAGCAUGUUUAA